CUGGCAUGGAUUUAAAAGCGGUAUGGGUUAAGCAGAAAGGGAACCACAGAUCACUGCAGACAUCAUCUCUCAGGGAUCAGAACAAGAACAGAAUUUACAGAUGUGAAGAAGGGAAAAUAACUAUUCUUUGAUCCUGAGGCAAAAAAUGCUAACUUGACUUCAAAAGUCAAUGAAAAGGAAUAAAGCCACCAAACCAGGGCUGGAAUAGGAUAUUGACACGCUCACUCACUGGACCAGGGGGACCAUGCUGAAGAAGCUGCUGCUGGGUGGACUGGGGGCAGCCCUGGUCCUGACUGCAGGCAUCCUGCUGGGGCACUUUGGCAUCCAGAGGGGCUCGACCAUACCCGGCUGGAUACAGGAUGUGACCCAGGAUGUAGACGAGGACCUCAUCCAGAGGUUCAUUUCUGAGGUGGACAACGUGGAGAUACAGGAGAACCUCAGGGAGCUGACCAAAGUGCCCCACAUGGCGACUACGGCCGGAGAUGAGAGGACUGUUCAGUACAUGCUGAAGAGAUGGCAGGACCCAGACACGGGUUUGGACCGGGCCUGGAGGGAGGAGUACCUGGUCUAUCUGUCCUUCCCCGACCCCAAAACCCCCAACAAGGUCACAGUGGUUAACCCAUCGGACACGGUCCUGUACACUGCCAGAGAAAAGGAGAAGGAAUACGGCCCAGACCAGAAGGAUCCUGACGUGGUCCAGCCCUACGCCGCCUAUGCCCCCGCUGGACACCCCAAGGGGAAACUCGUCUACGCCAACCAAGGGAAACCCAGUGACUACCUGCAUCUCAACCAGACCCUGGACCUCAACGGGACCAUCGCCAUCACCCGAUACGGAGGAGAGGGUAGAGCUCAGAAAGCCAUCAACGCAGCUCCGUAUGGUGUGAUCGGAGUGCUGGUGUACACCGACCCGCGGGACAUCAAUGACGGCCGGAUGUCUGACACCAACGAGACGUACCCCCACUCCUGGUACAUGCCCCCCUCGGGGGUGGAGCGGGGAUCCUUCAACACCCAGUAUGGAGAUUUGCUGACACCGUAUUUGGCCGCUAAAGAUGACACGUACAGAAUAUCAAUGGCGAAAAUCACCGGGAUCCCACCCAUUCCAACUCAACCAAUCGGAUUUGAGGAUGCCUACGCCCUGAUAUGUGAGUUGGGGGGACGACCUGCCCCCUCUGAAUGGCAGGGAGCAUUCAACUGCACCUAUAACCUUGGGGGACCAGGAUUCAAACCAACAUCCACCUUUAAAGAGAGCCAAGUACAGCUGGACAUUUAUAACCGUGGGGAGAUUAAGAACUCCUCCAACGUCAUGGGGGUGAUACGAGGCAGUGUUGAGCCAGACAGGUAUGUGAUAUACGGUAACCAUAGAGACAGCUGGGUUCACGGAGCGGUCGACCCGAGCAGCGGAACCUCUGUCAUGCUGGAGGUCACCAGGGUGCUGGGACGAAUGGUCAAGGAGGGGAAAUGGAGGCCUCGGAGGUCUGUUAUCUUUGGCAGCUGGGGAGCCGAGGAGUUUGGGUUGAUCGGGUCUGCAGAGUACACUGAGGAGUAUUACAGCAAGCUGAGCGAACGGUCGGUGGCCUACAUCAACGUGGACAUAUCUGUAUUUGCCAACGCCACCCUGAGAGCGUCAGGGUCGCCCUCGGCUCAGAGCGUCAUCCUAAAGGCCUCCAAACAGGUGAAAACACCUGGAUCGGAGUCCACAUCGGUUUAUGACAACUGGAUCCGUUACUUCAACCGCACCAGUCCCACCUACGGAGUCAUUCCCAAUGUAGGCUUCCUGACAGGGGCCGGGAGUGAUUACGCCGCCUUCAUCCACUUCUUAGGAAUCACCUCCAUGGACAUCUCCUAUACCUACGACAGAACCAAAACCAGUGCCAGAAUAUACCCGGCUUACCACACCGCCUACGACACGUUCGACUACUCCUCCAAGUUCAUAGAUCCAGGGUUCACCAGUCACCAGACGGUUGCCAGGACGGCUGGGAACGUGUUAAUGCGAUUGGCCGAUAGCCUCCUGUUGCCGUUCAACUGCAGUGACUAUGCAGAGUCUCUGGAGGCGUACCUUGCUAAAGCCCUGGAGCUGUAUACAGAAGGACUGGCAGUCCACAACAUCUCCAUAGAACCAUUGAAGAGUGCUGUGAAGACGUUCCGCUCUGCAGCAGCCAGCCUGGACCAGAUGAUACGAGAUUCGGACCUGGCCAAUGAGACGCCCUUGAAGGUGCGUGGGAUCAAUGACCAGCUGAUGCUCCUGGACAGGGCCUUCCUGGACCCGACAGCGUUUCCUGAUCAAUACGGAUUCAGACAUGUGAUCUGGGCCUCCAGUAAGGCCAGUGAGCCCACCUUUCCUGGCCUGGCGGAUGCGUAUGAACGUGCUGCUUUGUCAGGACUAGACGAGGACUGGGAGGAGGCCCACCGUCAGCUGUCCCUCCUGAGUCAGGCCAUCCUGGGCGCCGCCCACACACUGGAGGAGGUCAUUUAGGACGGCCCAGGGGAGAGACGUUCGACAUGUCAUUCUAGUGAUUCUAUUUCUACGGAAAAGAGAUGUUAAACGGAGGCCUUUCUAGUUUGAUGCGAGCCAUGAUACUCGAAUGGAGCCACUAAAUCACACACAAACCUUAACCUAAUCCUAGCUUACCCUAACCAUAAACCUACUUCUGUAUUCCCUGCCAUGCUUGUCAAUUAUCACAACUCAGCAUGGAACACAAGUACAAUUCAUAUCAAAUAUUUCGGAUCAUUUCGGAUCAUGUACUUUUAUACCAUUUUUGAUGACUACUUCACACAUCUAUUUCUGCACUUGAGCUUGUGCGACAUCCAUCAACUUUGGUAUAUGUCCAUGAGGUACCCAUAUUGUUAAACUCAAGUCUUGACAAAAUUCUGUUUGACAUAAUGAGCCAAUUGAACUUGCUUGAAUAUUUUGUCCAGUCCAUCAGUGCCACCCUUUGGCCAAAGUGAGACAUACUUUACAGAUCAGCUAGAUUCUUGUCCCUCAGCGUGUUUGUGGUAUUUCAUCACUUUGAUUCAAACAGAUCAAGAGACAUAAACCGUCAUAAACAUUUGUAUUUUAUUGUGCCCCUGUGUGACUGAGCUGCAAGAGCCCGCUUAUGUUGAGCCUUGAGAUUGUUUUGUACCAAUGAUUGAGAUGUGUACCAAUGAGAUGUGUACCAAUGAUUUAUAUGCAAUUGAUUGGACAGUUAGGGACACAUUCAAACAAGUGUGUGGUAUGAGUCCUUAGAUAAGUACAAUUCCAACAGAAAAGCCUAUGAUGAUGUUAACCCUUUCCAGCCUAAGCGGAAUGUUUGAUUUCUUAUUGGAUCAAGACCUGUUGUUGUGUUAAUGAGUAUAAUUUCAGUAUGGCCUUAUUUAAAAAUAUAAUACAUCUUACGCUGAGAAACAGCCCUUUUAAAUAAUGACAUACAAUAGGAACCAAGUCAGCGAACUGUUACUGUAAUCAGGAAAUGUGUAUUUUAGACAAACAAAUGUUAUCUUCCCCAAACAACUGACAUUUAUACAGCUUCCUAAAGUAUUGCUUGUUUUAUACGAUGUGAACAUCUAAAAUCAGAAUAGAAACACCUGUUACUGUUAAGUUACAUCGAUUUUAAUGAUUGAUGGUAUUUCUCAAAAUUCUACAGAAUAUUUAAUGAUAAGACUCUUAAGUGGACAUAUAUAUAUAUAUAUAUAUUAAACAUUUAUCAGCAUUAAAUUCACUUUCAAAUAUCAUUUGGUCUUCCGUAUUCUAUCAAAAGAGGUAAACAAGUUAUAAUAUUACCAGUGAACUCUGAAAACCUAAAAAUAAAACCAAUGGUAACAAAGACAGUAGUGUUUCAAAGGUGAACUGCUGAAACACUAAUCAUGCUAAUGAACGAUAAACCCGAGAGGAUUCCCCAUGACUUUAUAGCUCAGUUUGUUGAGCGUGUCUUUUGCCAUGCAGAGGUAGUGGGUAUGAUUCUGAUGUGGGACUAAUUGUCAAUUAUUUAAAAACUAGGGACACAGAGUUUGCUGAUGGCUGACAGUAACCCUGCACCCUUGUUUAUUGAAAAAACAUCUCCAGAAUGAAAUAAACCUAUAGAAUGUGUUGAUGUUAGGGAGAAAAAAUAAGAUUAUAAUACAAUACAAUUGCUUACUUCUGGAAAAAUCCUAUUUAAUAAAUUGUGGCUGACAUAAAUAUUGUACCUCUUAUAUUAAAGUGAACUCUCGAAUGAAAUACAACUUUUUAAAUUUCUAUUGAGGAAGAAACACUAAACAGAACAAGUUAUAAGUAAUUUUUGGAUAAAUCAGUGUUGAAUUAAUGGGGUAUGGAUUUUGGCAGAGGGUUUUGGAGCCUCCCUACCUCCCUUCACGCAGCCCAAAUUGUCACCUUACCUUAUUUGAAAAUCAAC